AGCUGCGUUGACAGAACUUCAGUAGCUUUCCAGCAGUGACACUGACUCACAGUUUUCUGUCACCAGCCAGUUUUCUAAAGUCAGUCAAGAUGUCGGCGUACAAACACAUAAUCGCUGUGAGCUUCUUGGUUGUCGUUUUACUCGCUCUCAGUGUCGCCGAAAACAAAUCGCACAAUCUGACCGUUGGCUACAGGAUGCCAGGUGACAGACUCGUACUUACAGAGAAAAUUGUCAAGAAUUCCGCCUGGCUGAGGAUUGUAACUGUAGAGAAGACUUUCAAUACCACGAGGUACGAACGUAUCACAUAUAUUGAAGCACUGGACCAGAAGACAAACGGUAAUGGCGCUUAUGCGAGUAUCUUGAGUGGUGGGCCUGGAAACACCAAUGUCACUAUGAAGUUCAAGAGCCAGAGAGGUCACGGUAUCGACUUCGUUUUUAAUAUGUACGCUCGCCCUUAAAGGACCAACUUCAAUAACAGCCACUAUUAUGACUGGUAUGAUAAUUUCUGGAUGCGAUUAGAAUAGAGAACAUGAAGUAACUAAUCCAGAAAAUCAUGACGUUAGACGUCUAAUUACUUACUUUUUGGCAAUAUUGACACAAUUCUCCAUUAAAAAAGGGCUUGUCGUUUCUGUUAUCUACUUCAGUAUUGACUUUGUAUGCAUUACGAAUAAAUCUAUGGAACUAUACUGAA